AGAAAAUAGGAAACAUGUACACAAAAUAUUUUUUUAGAAUUUAUUUAACAUGAUUACACGAGUGGAGACAUUAGCAGUUUAUCAGAAAGGCUGGAUCCAAAGAAGAAUGUGUGAGAAACCCCCCCUACAAUAAGUGAAGAACAAGUGAAUGGUACAUUCCGGCCCUUCUCCUCGCUGUUUUUGUAUCUGCUUGAGAGCGGAUUCAAGCGCCAACUAAGUUACGUUUCCUAUAUUCCGCUGAGGAAGUUUGAGAGCAGAUAACUUGAGAGAGGUGGACUUGUUUGAACGCGGACAUGUACGCUACUUCGAGUGUGGCGUGAAAUGAGAACAUGUCGUCUUUUUAAGGUGGAAUUGUGGUUAUUUAUGAGCCGCUGCUGUUAUUACUGUGUAGCUAACGUAAAACAGUGAAGCCUCAUGUUUUCGUCAAGCCAAGAAGAGCACUGCGCCCCGUCCAAAGACCCGGUGAAAUACGGAGAACUGGUAGUACUAGGGUACAAUGGCUGUCUGCCCAAUGGAGAUCGGGGUAGACGGAAAAGCAGAUUUGCGCUAUUCAAGAGGACCAAAGCCAAUGGUGUUAAGCCGAGCUCUGUGCACAUCCUCAACACACCCCAGGACAGCAAGGCCGUGAACAGCAAAGGUCAACACAGCAUCUCCUACACACUGUCCAGGAACCACACGGUGGUGGUGGAGUACAGCCAUGAUAAAGACACAGACAUGUUCCAGAUUGNNCGUUCCACUGAGAGUCCCAUAGACUUUGUGGUUACCGACACAAUAGCAGGAAGCCAGGAAGGAGAAGAAACCCCCAUCACCCAAAGCACCAUCUCCCGCUUCGCCUGUCGGGUCGUCUGUGAGCGUAACCCCCCCUACACUGCACGCAUCUACGCAGCCGGGUUCGACUCCUCCAAGAACAUUUUCCUCGGCGAAAAAGCUGCGAAAUGGAAAAACCCUGAUGGCCACAUGGAUGGCCUAACAACCAAUGGGGUGCUAGUGAUGCAUCCUAAGGGCGGGUUCACGGAAGAGUCCAAACCGGGUGUUUGGAGGGAGAUCUCUGUUUGUGGAGAUGUGUACACCUUGAGAGAAACCCGCUCCGCACAGACUCCGGGGAAACUGGUGGAGAUAGAGAGCAACAUUCUGCAGGAUGGCUCCCUGGUGGAUCUUUGUGGAGCCACGUUGCUGUGGCGCACAGCAGAGGGCCUCUUCCACACUCCCACCCAAAAACACCUGGAGGCUCUGAGGCAGGAGAUCAAUGCGGCGCGGCCGCAGUGCCCCGUGGGCCUCAACACCCUCGCCUUCCCCAGCAUGCAGCGCAGCCGCGCCCUCUCAUCCCACGAGGACAAGCAGCCCUGGGUCUACUUGGCCUGCGGCCACGUGCACGGCUAUCACAACUGGGGCCACCGUUCGGAGCAGGGGCCCGGCCCCCAGCGGGAGUGUCCCAUGUGCAGGAUGGUGGGACCCUACGUGCCGCUGUGGCUGGGUUGCGAGCCAGCCUUCUACGUGGAUACGGGCGCGCCCACACACGCCUUUGUGCCUUGCGGACACGUGUGCUCGGAGAAGUCGGUUAAGUACUGGUCGGAGAUCCCCCUGCCUCACGGCACGCACGCCUUCCACGCCGCCUGCCCUUUCUGUGCCACCCAGCUCAGCAUCAACCAGGGCUGCUCCAAGCUAAUCUUUCAGGGCCCCGUAGACUGAGCCACUGCUGCCGGAGAGGAGGAAUCAGGAAAACCAACAUGCUGUGAAACUAUUUAGACUUCUUAAGGCUGUCUUGUGCUCGUGAAAGCCAGACGUGGAGCGGAAAAAGAUCCGUCCGUGUUCUGGCCUUUUACUGUGACAGAGAACCAUUUCAGACUGUCAGGAGCUUUUUUUUUUGCUGUGAUACACAGAGAUGUGGAGCACACUUUACCACAAAUGCCUGACUCUAAGAAUGAAAUAAUGCUUCUCCAGCCAUCCCGCCCACCAUCUGCUUUGAACAACGCCACGGCGGCGGGCCGGUUUGACUACAUCCUGCUCGCUUUCCGUUAGACUGCUGUAGCAAUUAGCCUGCAGAUGGACGAUCACUCCUGAACGAUUUAGCACAGUUGCAGGUGUAGACGGGUCUGUUGGGGAGGAAAAAGGCAAGAAAAUCUUAAAUUCGGUUUCUUGUGGGCCUAAGACGGAGUUUUCUCAGAGCCAGACAGCUGGACUGCUGGCUGAGAAAAAAGCCAGGAGAAACUCUGGGCUUGAUGGCUUAAUUUCUUUAUUUUUUAACGCUCCCCAUCAGGCCCUUUUAGCUGUCAACUCUUAAUCGCAUCCAAAUUCAAGCUCUCUGGAGAUUGCUUUUAUUUACUGAACAAACUUUGAGUGAGGGAGCACAGAUUUUGUUUGUACAGAGAUUUAAUCCAGUGCCUCAAAUCCCAUUGAAGUAUAAGAUUAUUUUUCAUAGAUGAGAAAAGAUAUUUUGCCAACAGUAAUGAAAGAGAUAGUUUUGCAUACAAAGACAAAGAUUUACCAACCCUGAUAGAUUCUGACAGAAAUUGUAUUUUACUAAAUUGAGGCCCAUUGUACUGUUUUAUAAAACAAAUGUUAAUAUAUAUUUUUUCUUUCAUAUAUAUAUAUAAGGCGUGUGAGUGGGAUUGUGUGUUUGUGUUGGCUGGGUUGUGUGUUGCCCUCCCCACCAUGUGACUUUAACUCUAUGAUCACCCCAAAAACUAAAAAAAAAAGUGAAUGUAAUGAAAAUACACUGAUGGAGCUCUGAUCAUUGUCAUAUAGGUAAAGAAGCCCGCUCGCAGUUAAAUAUCACAGCAGGGCGGAUUGCGAGGGAGCGGCCCUCCUGCCUCUCAAACCUGUACUGUAUGCAUUCUGUACCGUUAGCUUUACCCCACGCUGGGCCUAAUCCGUGGGUUUGCUCGCCGGCGGACCCGCGCACGUUCUCAGAGAUUUCACCAAAUAUGAGAAGGAAACUGCCACCGCCGUCUCCCAAGUGUUCCUGUAAGCAGUUCAGACCCCGAACCGCUGCUGUGAUGGAAUGUUGACAGCUUUGGAUUACAUUAGACACUCUUCUGUCUGCAGCUCAGCGGGAACAAUGAUAUUAUCCCCGCUCCAUGCCAAAUUUAGAAAGUCCUAUUGUGUGUAGAUGAGUCGAGUUGUCCAGAGCAGAGUGGCUGAGAAAAUGAAUCUGGGACGACUCUGAAAAUGGUUAAGCAGACGGGUGUUAUCUUCCUUUAACUAGUUCAUCAAAAGCAAUAGAGCGUUUCCGUUGCAGCAUUAAAAGUUCCUUCCAUUGGGAAUAUAAAUAGAAUUCAUUCAGGUGUUGCUGAACUUAACUCGACUAAGGGCUCCUCGACUCUGUUUCAGAACUUCCUCAGAAACAUUCUCCACAUUCUUCCAAAUGUCUCUCAAACCACUAAAGAAUUGCUCGACUUCUGCAGAUUUGAACUAUGCACGGCCCUGUUCUAAGCCUCAAACUGUACAGUAACAUUCCUUUUUUUUAAGUACCAUCAACUGCCCGUUGCCUAAGAUUGUGUUCUGUAUCAGCUGCGGAGUAGCUGCCUCAAACAUUCCUCCUCGGUAAACAUGGGUGGGGCUCACAGUUCACCCAAGGGCUUGUUCUGUGAUUUUUUUUUUAUUUUUUUUCACAGGAACUCUGUGCGCAAGCCAUAGAACACACUGAUUCCCCUCAUUGCCUCCUCUGCAGAGAAUAAAAUAUUUUUUAAAAA